UUUGCCUUUUUUGAACUUCUUGUUUCUCCGGGGGCAAAAGCGAACCGAAAGGAGAGAGUGAAUGUAAGAGGAAACAGAGAGAGACGGUGAGAGACUUCGCGUUUAAGAAUCGAAGUGUAGACUUUAGAGUGGAGGGAAGAUGGGAAGAGAAGAGGAGGCGAUGGCCGAGUAUAAAUAUAGGUAGCGUCUGGAGGAAGAGAAGAAGAAAGGGGAGGAGGAGGAGAUGAAAGGUUUCGCCGCUGCUUCGGUGCUGCCGGCGAAGCGGCGGUGGAGGGGGUUCGCGGUGGCGGUGCUCGCCCUCGUCUGCUGCUCGGUGCUUGUCCCCCUCGUGUUUCUCCUUGGCUUCCACAACGGAUUCCCUUCUGGAUACUCGAGCGACGAUCGCUCAUCUUUGGAAACUAACUUUCGAAGAUAUGGCCGGCUGGAUGGUGUUCGAGAAUUACCGGAGGGUGAUCUGUCAAGGAUUGACAAUGCCAUGAAAGAAUUUGGACAAACUUUAUUGAAGGAUGUUAUUGAGAACACAACAUUCGAAGCUGGUGGGGAGCUCCAUAAAGAAACUAACAAUGAAUCCUUUGGCAAUGGCGCGAGUUUAACCUUAAAGCUGAAUCAUGCUACCUCUCAGUCUCAAGCAAUGGAUGUGACUUCUCUCUCUGAGUCAAAGGAUACUAUCGCCCAAGUUGGAACAGAAGACAUCAUCUCUCACCCUAAAGUUGUUACUACGCCACAUAGAGUCAUCUCAAAACCACUUCUAGCUUCAACUACAAAAAGUGAUGGCAAGGAAAGCAGGAAGAAUAAUGUCAAAAGUUCGACCAGUGAUGAAACCAAAAGAUCUUGUCAACUUGCAUUUGGGAGCUAUUGCCUUUGGUCCAUAGAGCACAAAGAAGUAAUGAAGGACUCUACAGUAAAGAGACUAAAAGAUCAGCUUUUUGUGGCUAGAGCUUACUAUCCAAGCAUUGCAAAACUUCGUGGACAAGAGAAGUUGACACGUGAACUAAAGCAGAACAUUCAAGAACAUGAGCACAUGCUUAGUGAAGCAAUUUUAGAUGCUGAUCUACCUCCACUUGUUGCGAGGAAGAUACAGAAGAUGGACCAUACCAUUGCACGGGCCAAAUCAUGCACUGUAGAUUGCAAUAAUGUUGACAAGAAACUCAGACAGAUACUUGAUCUGACGGAAGAUGAGGCUCAUUUCCAUAUGAAGCAGAGUGCGUUUCUCUAUCGUCUCGGUGUUCAAACCAUGCCCAAAAGCCUCCAUUGCUUGUCUAUGAGGUUGACUGUAGAAUACUUUAAAUCUCCUCCCAUGGAUUCAGCAUACUCACAUGCUCACAAAUUUGACAACCCAGAACUUAGGCAUUAUGUGAUUUUCUCUAGAAACACACUUGCUGCUUCUGUUGCCAUCAAUUCAACAGCGGCAAAUUCUGAGGUGACAGAAGAUAUGGUUUUUCAUGUGCUAACGGAUGGACAAAAUUACUAUGCUAUGAAACUCUGGUUUGCUAGAAAUUCUUACAAGGCGGCAACUGUACGUGUCUUGAAUUUUGAAGAACGUAACCACAUUAAGAAUGAAGGCAUGGCAAAGCUUUCACUAACUGAGGAAUUUCAUGUUUCCAUUCUUGACACUGAUAAACCCUCCGUGCAGAUGAGAACGGAAUACUUAUCAGUUUUUGGUCACUCACACUUUCUUCUACCAGAAAUAUUCAAUAAUCUAAAAAAGGUGGUGGUUUUGGAUGAUGAUGUGGUUGUUCAGCGUGAUUUAUCAUCCUUGUGGAACCUUGAUUUGGAAGGAAAAGUUAAUGGUGCUUUGGAGUUCUGUGGGGUAAAACUGGGUCAGCUGAGAACACACUUAGGCAGAAACAUCUAUGAUGCUGAUUCUUGUGCCUGGAUAUCUGGAUUUAAUAUACUUGAUCUGGAGAAGUGGAGAGAACAUAAUGUUACAGGAACAUACCUUCAGCUCCUCGGAAAGUUUCAAACCAGGAGUGAAGCAUCAUGGAGAGCUGCAGCACUGCCCAUAAGCUUGCUUGCAUUUCAAAAUCUUAUACAUCCCCUGCAAGAUGAAUGGACUCUGUCAGGACUUGGUCAUGAUUUCAGAGUUAAUGCAGAAGCUAUAGGUAAUGCUGUAUCACUGCAUUACAAUGGCAACAUGAAACCUUGGCUUGAAUUAGGUAUUCCAAAUUACAAAAAGUACUGGAAGAAAUUUCUUACGCAAGAGGAGCGAUUCAUGGACGAGUGCAAUGUAAGUCCAUAGCAGACAGGCAUGAAUUGUAUGGAUCUCUCUUUGGAAAUCCGAGACAAGGCAUGGGGUGGACAAACUUAUUGACUUAAGGAUUUACAAAAGAUCAUCCCUGAGCUGUGUGGACGCAUUAUAGCUCCCAAAGGGCAGCUAAGUUCGCUAAUAAAAGGGGUUAAAGAGAGCCCCAUCGAACCACUAUAUCCAAGGAGGGCUGAAGAUCAGAACUGGUUUGUUGGAGAUGAGGGACAUGAUGGAUAUUGGUUCUCUGGCUGUUACAUAUGGCUGGAAAGAUGUGCAAUGAAAUCAAGAUUAGGGCAGGAGGUCAUUAUUUCUGUAAAUGAGUGUUUGCAAUCACUGUGGAUGUGUCUUGCCAUUCGUUUUAUGACAUAGCUGGAUGAUUAUCCGGUUCGCACCUUGAAUUGGAUUGGUGUCACCCGUCGGAGAUCAAUGGAAUUCUAUUAUUAUUUUUUAAUAUUUUCUUUAUUUUUUAGUAUUUGUUGUCUUGUUAUCUUUCCCAGUAAGGGUACACACAUGUUUGCUUAACACAUUGUUAAUCUUUUGUCGUCAACGACGGCUGCAUUAGAAUGAAACUAUGACUUUUGCAAGGUUUGCGUGGA